AUGUGUCGGACGUUUGUUCUCCUUGCGGCCGCCGGCCUCUUGCGCACCGCUGCUGCUGGUCUUUACCCGGGAUUGAGCACCGCCAACCACACUUGCACUCUCGUCGAGCCUGUUCUGUCCUGCUCCUCUGGAGCGAACCCUGACAAGGUGGACACCUGCUGCGUGGAGACAUACGGCGGUCUUCUUCUCGCAACCCAGUUCUGGAACACGCACACCGGUCUCGAGUCCGAGGGCCAGAAGCUUCCCCAGAAUGCAUGGGGCAUUCACGGCUUGUGGCCCGACUUCUGCAACGGCUCCUACACUCAGUACUGCGACCUGAGCCGCCAGUUUGACCCAACGCCCUCCCCCAACACCACAACUGGGACGCCGGACGGCACCCCGGUACCGGCGUGGAACGGCUCGUCUUUCGACGCAUUUGUUAAGCCGUUCCAGAGGUUCGACCUGUUGGAGUACAUGAACAAGUUCUGGAUCGCCCAGUACACCCCCAACUGGGUACUCUGGGCCCACGAAUUCUCCAAGCACGCCACCUGCUACAGCACCUUCGAUAUCGAGUGCUAUGGCCCCAAGUACCAGGAGCACGAGGAGAUUGUGGACUUCCUCGAGACCGCCGUCCACUACUACCAGGGAACUCCCACCUGGAAGUGGCUUUCUAACAAAGCCAUCAAGCCUUCCAACACAACCGCCUACUCUCUCGCCGACCUUCAGGGUGCUCUCAAGGAGGGCCACGGCGCGGUCCCGUACAUUGGGUGUUCCGGCCCCCAGUAUAACACCACCCUGGCCGGCAAGGGCUCUCUCGAUAAUGGAUACACCCAGCUUAGCGAAGCCUGGUACUAUUUCUAUGUCUACGGAAAGCCCCAGCGCGGUGAAAGCGUCCCUGUGUCCGCCGACAUCAACGGGGGCCGCGUGUCCAACUGCGCGACAACGGAAGACGCUAUUUGGUACUACGAGCGCGCCGAGGGAUCGGUGCAGUAG